GAAGUGUGUGAAAUCCGCCACGAAUAUUUUGAAAGUGUUAACUAAAUUGGUGUUUUCAUGAAAAGAUGCCUCCAAAGAAAAAAGAAAGCGAUGAAGAGGGCAGUAGAAGCAGUUAAGAACAAGGAAAUGGGAACUCUCAAGGCGUCUAAAGCAUUUGGCGUGCCCAAAAGCACACUGAUUGAUUAUGUAAUAAGUAAGAAAAAGGUUGAUACAUUACUUGCUAUCAAAUUAGGCAGAAAACCUACUUUAACAAAUGAACUUGAAGAAGCACUAGUUGAGUAUGCUCUCGAAAUGGAAAGAAGAAAAUGUGGAAUAUUUCCAUUCCAACCGACAAUUUUCCGAGAUGACGAAUUUGCCAUCCAUUCUUCAAAUGAAAGACAAUCAGUCGAAGGAGAUAAUGACGAAAAUCAGAUUGCUGUGGAUCCUGCUGUUGAUGAAAACUUAAGAAAAGAAAGAGAAACUACACCACCCAUUUCGACACCUAAGCUCGUUGUACCUCAGGAUAUUUGUCCUAUACCUAGCCUAAAGACAAAACAUCAGUCUCCAAGGCCAGGUUGUUCGGGUGAAGCUUCUAAAAAAGGAGGUAAACGUGGUUCAACAGCUAUCCUCACUUCUACGCCUUAUAAGACAGAUUUAGAAGAGAGCUUGAAAAAAAGAAAAAAGAUCACACCGAAAAAAGUUAGCCUGAAUCAAAAUAAAUCAAAACUAAAAAACGAGAAGGAAAAAGUUAACAAUAAAAAAUUGAUCCCAAAAGGAAAAAAAGGAAGAAAGAGGAAGAUAAGCUCAUCUAGCAGUUCUGAUAGUGAUGAAAUUCAAUUGGUAGACACGGAUGACGACAUGGACCAAGAUGAUGUCGAUGUGGAAUGCUUUUAUUGUUCCAACUGGUUCUCUGAAGAUAUUUCUGGAUCCAAGUGGGUCCAAUGCAUGAAGUGUCUGCGUUGGUGUCACGAAGAUUGCUCAGAUAUAGGCAAGGAGAAAUCAUUUAUUUGUGAAUUAUGUUUAGAUGGAUAA